AUGUUCCGUCGGCUGUUUGCAGACAAGCCGCCGUUCGAGACCAGCGGCGAGCAGCACAUUUACGAGAAGCUGCACAGGGAGCUUAAACCGACAAAGCUUACGGUGAAGGACUCGUCUGGAGGUUGUGGCUCAAUGUAUGUUGUUGAGAUCGAGGCUGAGUGCUUCCGUGGGAAGAAUCGGGUUAAUCAGACAAAGAUGGUCAAUGGGUUGUUGAAGGAAGAGCUGAAGGAAAUGCAUGGCUUGCGCGUGCUGUGCAGUGUUCCUUUGGAGUAA